GCGGGGAGAGCAGGAAAGAUGGCGAGCCUGUGGAUGGGAGAUAUUGAUGAGUCGAUGAACGAAGCAUUCAUAACGCAGGCCUUCCAGGCUAUGGGGGAGUCGGUGCGCAACGUGAAGAUCAUACGCAAUCGGUUCACGGGGGGCUCUGGCUGGUUACUGUUUUGUGGAAUUCUCCGACCAAUCUGCAGCUUCGCGAUGUCUGAUGAACAUCAACGGGAAGGCCAUCUCCGGAACCAAUCCUCCCAAGAGGUUCAAGCUGAAGCAUGCGCUCUACACAAAGCCGGCAGCUGAAUCCAGCCCCAACCCAGCAGUAAGGAACCCGGCGGCAGAGUACGUUCAGGCCUUCAAUUACUACACCCAACAGUUCCAGCAAAUGCUUUCCAACUGGAAGUACGACCCUAAAAGUAACGCUUACAGCUAUCAGCAGUACGGCUACACGGCCAACGCCUGGCAGUCCCCAGAAGAAAUCGGCGAGGAGUCACUAGAAGAUCCCAUCCCCGAGCUGGACGUGAACGAGGCCAACAACGAGUUCAUGGCACAGAGUGAGGAGCUGUACGAGGCUUUGAUGGACAGCCACUGGCAGCCGCUGGACACCGUCAUGUCCAAGGUCCCCUCGGAAGUGUGA